AUGAUCACUCGCGAAGUGGAAGUGAAAGUGACGCACGAACCGCGGGCUUUCACUCAGAUCGAAGACGAGGGUGGCAAAGACGGGAAGCGGAGCCGCGCCAACGAUGGGUACACCUGCGAUCCCGCUACCAUCCUGCCCUGGGAGAACCAAGCAAAGAGUCAAUCUUCUACGAAUGCCUCCGAGACGAUUGCGCUGCAAGAAAUGCGCCGCAGCUAUAGCAACAAGCGGGUGAACACCGUGAGGCUUUUCAACCCUCACAACUCGUCUCACUCUCGCUCUUACUCGAAUCCGAUCACCUCGCAGCAGCUUAGCAGAGAUAGCAAGGAGGUUCUUCUGAGGUGA